CGUUGCUGGCUUUUUCAGGGACUGCUCGCUCGCAGCCAGAGACGCUGCUUUUUUUUCCGGGUUCGGAGCCGUUCCGGAUGCUUUAGGCUGCCGGAUGACUGAUCUCCAGAUAACUGAGGCGUUUCUGUACAUGGAUUAUCUGAGAAUGUCUGAAUGUAUCCAGAUCUCAUUUGCUGUUUGUAGAAUUGGCAUUUACACGUGUUUUAGAGCACUCUGCUGCAAAGGACCACCGCCUGCACGAGCAGAAUAUGACCUGGUUUGCAUAGGCCUCACCGGUGCUGGCAAGACCAGUCUGUUGUCAAAGCUCUGCAGUGAAAGCCCCGACAACGUAGUGUCGACCACAGGUUUUAGUAUAAAAGCAGUGCCAUUCCAGAAUGCCAUCUUGAAUGUAAAAGAACUUGGAGGGGCUGAUAAUAUCCGGAAAUACUGGAGCCGCUACUACCAAGGAUCUCAAGGGGUCAUAUUUGUAUUGGACAGUGCCUCUUCAGAAGAUGAUUUAGAAACUGCUAGAAAUGAACUGCACUCAGCUCUUCAGCACCCACAGUUAUGCACUUUACCCUUUUUAAUAUUGGCCAAUCAUCAAGACAAGCCAGCUGCUCGAUCAGUACAAGAGGUCAAAAAAUAUUUUGAACUUGAACCACUUGCACGUGGAAAACGCUGGAUUCUGCAGCCCUGCUCACUGGAUGACGUGGAUGCACUGAAAGACAGCUUCUCUCAGCUGAUAAAUUUGUUAGAAGAGAAGGACCAUGAAGCUGUAAGAAUGUGAAAUCUGGCAAAGAAAAAUGGGUUCCCAAAAGGCCUUGAACCUAUCACAUUAUUUUCUCAUUUUAAUUUUAUUUUGGUCUCAAGACGAUAAUGGCUUCAGUAUCUGUUUUCCUCUAGUUAUCUCAGACUCUCAUCUCUCUGUAAAAGUGAAUAUUCUGUAAAUCAGGUGAAUGAUCAUCAGCAUUAACGUCAAGUCCACACUACUGAGAGAGAAGUUAUUCUCUGUUUACCACUAAUUAUCUUCACCGCAUGUCUCUUCCUUCUGUUGUUUUAAGUGUCUCUUCUGUACUCUGUGCUAAAAUGGAUGGAAUUCAUGGCUCUCAGAAACCACAUCCCUGAUGGAGGACUCAGGGAGACUCCGAACCCUGACUCGCUUGCCCUGGGUUUGGGGUGGAGUGUUGUGAGACCGGGGCCUUCCAGAAUAUGUGUAUCAUUUUCAAGAUCUCUUCUUGAUUUUAUUUUGUUUCAUUUAAUUUUUUUAGGUUUUUUUUUUUUUUUUUUUUUUUUUUUUUUUUUUUGUAUACUGGCCUUAUAGAUUAUGGGAGAAAAAUGAGCACCAAAAACGUCAGUUAAUUACCUUAUCAGAAAGGAAUAUCCUGCCAUAGUAAAAUUACCUUUGAAGAACUUAAAGACAAGAUGCAAAUGUCUCCUUCAUUACAUCUAAAGUCUCCCUCCAUCCCCUCUUUUAAGAGCAAAGAUUUUUUUUUAGUUUUUGAGAAGAGUUAGAGGAAAAUUAGGCACAAUGCUUGCAUCACUGAUUACUAUUUCAUCAGGUUCUCAAGUGUUUUUUUAAUGGCAAGAUUAUCCUGCGUAGAGUCAAACUGCAACACAAUAUAGGUAUCUUUUUCUAAAAAUCUUCAGUGUCUGAUUAAAAUAGAGAAGAUAAUUUUUUAAAUAAUGGAUAAAAUUUUUAAAAACUGCCAAAUGAAGUUUAGUUUAUACUGGCGAGGGUUUAAGCUGGCUUGGAUUUGACAAAGAUAACUAAGGCAGAAUCAUCUGUAUAUUCAUUCGUUAAGUGCUAACAUUAGUUUAAUGGGGUCUGUUACAGUCUCCAUACAGUAAUGAAAGGUCUAUCAGUAUUUCUAUUAUAAACCCCUAUUUUCAGGGGUUUUAAUGUGCCCUUAAAAACAUUCUGGGGCUACAGCAAAUAAAUAAUUUUAGGGCCCAGAUUCAGUCUUUGGAAUGAAUUUUUUUUCAUUUACUUUAAAUGAUAAAAUUACAUAGAGAUAAAUGUACAGUUUUACAAAAGUUUGGCACCUUUGACCUUUUCUAAGUCAGGAAUAAUCUAUGGAUAUUGAGGUUUAUGGUUGAAAUACUCUUUGGCACAUUUUGUAGAUUUUUGACCACUUAAAAUACUAACUGGCCAACUGAUAGAAAACUGUGCCCUUCACCUGAGCAAUAAAAACAUGUUUGUAAUUUUUAGGUAGCGUAGACUGAUUCUCAAAUACCAGACUCACACUGUUUUACAGGGAGAUGUAAUACCUUUGUUAUUCUCCAGAAGAUAUGUCAUUUCACUCUAGCUUUUGAGGUUUAAUUUCGUAGGUGGAUUUUAAUUGAAAUCAUUACCUUUGAAACAUCGAACACUUCAUUAAGCUUUUUUUUAAGUGAAUGGAUCAAAAAAGAUUCAUAUUCAAUUUUGUCUACAUCGUCUUUGAAUAUUUUUACACCGUGUAAUCUGUGAGCAGCACAAAUUUUUAUUCCGAUGACCAGUUAUACAAUUCCUCCUUUUAUUUUGUCCUGUUGUCUCAUCUUCUAUGAAAAAUAAAUGAUGAUUAGGCAUCGCUUUCUCUGCAAGUUCAUUAAAUGUAGAAUGUUGUCUUUUUGAGAUACUGUGGCUGAGUGCUCCUACGCCAUCUGUUUAAUGACUUCGCGUUGUCUGUGUGUGUGUUCAUGUGUGUGCCAGUGAUGGGCUUCUUCUCAGACCCACAACUGUCUGCAGUGUCUCAGCCGUCAGAAUGAAAACAUUAUCAAUCAGUACCCAACAACAGCUGUUUUUGACAAGUUUCUGUCUGACGCCUAAUGCUUUGCAACUGUCAAUAAGGCUCCUUCUUUGUCUAGCAGUUCGGAGCUCGCUGUCUUGGUGCUUCUUGUGCGACAUCCUGUCCUUGUAACCCUAGAAUUUGCCAUGUUCGGAAAUCCACAUGGGGGAGGGGAGGGGGCUUGGAUGGGCGUGUUGUGGGUGGGUGGUGGUGUGCGUGUGUGUCGUGUUCCUACUUUCAUGUAAAGUGCCACAGGUGUCUUAGUUUGCAUAUUCAAAUAUUAUAUAGGAAAAACAGUCUGUUAUGUAUUUCUUCACUUAGCUUCUUGUUAUAUUUAUGGAAGUUACCAGUUUUUGUAUCUUCUUAGCUAAAGCAGUUGCCUUUUUGUAAUGGCAAUUAAUUUAUAUGACAAAACUUUGUAUCUACUGUAGUUUACAGCAUCAGUUGUUAAUUAACUGCCAUAUUGCCCUGUCUUUCUAUUAAAAAAUACUGUAUCUAUACUUAAAGGUUAACAGAUUCAUGUGGACAAUUGCCAGGCAAGAACUCGUAUUGUCCGUGAUUUAUAUAUGAUUUCCACUAUCUUCAAAUGAAAAUAAACGCUGAGUAGAAUUAAUGUUUUCAGACUGACUCCUUUCAGCUCUAGCAUUUGGGAGUCCCAGAUUUCUGUUUACGUUUG